AUGCACACGUGUUCAGGACAUCAGGGCUGUGCAAAAGGCUACACCGAGACAAUCUAUGUCUGGAAGAUGUGGUGCUGCUUGGAAAUGGUGGCACAUAAUGUGGCUACACAUCAGUCUGCCAAAGAGGGUAAUACUUAUCUGGCCGGCCCUUCAUUAAUACGAAAUAACUUAUGGUGGGAAAAGGUUUGGAAAGAAGUGGACAACAGGUCAGGAGGUGGGGCAGGACGGGGCUGGCAGGCGGGGGGGUUGGGUUGCCUGGCAAGGGGGGAGGCGCGGGACGGGGGCAGACGGGGGACGGGGUGCGAGUUUGGGGGAUGGGGCGGGGUCCUGGCGGGAGGAGGGGGGACGGGGGCAGGCGGGGUGCGAGUUUGGGGCGGCAUAUGGGGGUGGGCGGGGUCCUGGCGGGAGGAGGGGGGAGGCGCGGGACGGGGUGCGAGUUUGGGGGGUGGGGCGGGGUCCUGGCGGGAGGACAAAGGGCUGUUUGGAGAGACGGGGCUGCAGGCGAGGGGACAGGGCGGCAGGCCGGGGACGGGAUGCUGUUAUUGGGGACGGGGGCGGUCGGUGGGGGAAUAUAGGGGCCACUUAUUGGUUGACUGGACAGGGAACACAGUUAGACAGUAA